AAGAAGCGGAGAGGCGGCCGAAGGAGCAGGUUUCCUUGCAGAGGACCGGAGUGAGAACUUCGCAGAAGCGCGGCUCCGGCCGCGGACGAGACCAUGAAGCUGAACAUCGACGGGCUGCUGGUGCUCUUCCCCCAUGACUUCAUCUACCCCGAGCAGUACUCCUACAUGCUGGAGCUCAAGCGGACGCUGGACGCCAAGGGCCACGGGGUGCUGGAGAUGCCCUCGGGCACCGGGAAGACCGUCUCCCUCCUGGCGCUCAUCCUGGCCUACCAGCGCGCUCACCCGCUGGAGGUCACCAAGCUCAUCUACUGCUCCAGGACCGUCCCGGAGAUCGAGAAGGUGGUCGAGGAGCUGCGGAGGCUGGUGGACUUCCACGAGAAGCAGACGGGGCAGAAGCUGCCCUUCCUGGGCUUGGCCCUCAGCUCCAGGAAGAACCUCUGCAUCCACCCUGAGGUGAGCAGCCUCCGUUUUGGGAAGGAGGUGGACAGCAAGUGCUUCAGCCUGACCGCCUCGUACAUCCGGGCUCAGCACCAGCAGGAUGGCAGCCUUCCCUCUUGCCGCUUCUUUGAGGAAUUCGAUGCCCACGGUCGCCAGGUGCCUCUUCCUUACGGCGUCUAUAACCUGGAUGAUCUGAAGGCCUACGGUCAGCAGAAGGGCUGGUGCCCCUACUUCCUUGCCCGCUACUCGAUCCUCCAUGCCAACAUCGUGGUCUACAGUUACCACUAUCUCCUCGAUCCCAAAAUUGCGGACGUGGUCUCCAAGGAGCUGGCCAAGAAGUCGGUGGUGGUUUUUGAUGAAGCUCAUAACAUCGACAACGUCUGCAUUGACUCCAUGGGGGUCAACAUCACAAGGAAGAUCCUGGAUCGCUGCCAGGGGAAUGUGGCCACCCUCCAAGCCGCCAUUCAGCAGAUCAAAGAAACGGACGCGCAGAAGCUGAAGGAGGAAUAUCAGCAGCUGGUGCAGGGGCUGCGGGAUGCCAACGUCGCCCGGGAAACAGACGUCUAUUUGGCCAACCCGGUGCUGCCGGACGAGAUCCUGCAGGAGGCCGUGCCAGGCAACAUCCGGACGGCAGAACACUUCGUGGCUUUCCUAAAACGCCUCCUGGAGUACCUGAAGUCCCGUCUGCGCGUCCACCACGUGGUCCAGGAGAGCCCCCCGUCCUUCCUGAAGGACAUCUUCGAGAAGGUCUGCAUCGAGCGGAAGCCCCUCCGGUUCUGUGCCGAGCGGCUGCGCUGCCUCCUUCGCACGCUGGAGAUCGCGGACAUCGCGGACUUCUCGCCCAUCACCCUCAUCUCCAACUUCGCCACCUUGGUCAGCACUUACUCCAAGGGGUUCACCAUCCUCAUCGAGCCCUUUGACGACAGGACGCCCACCAUCCUCAACCCCAUCCUGCACUUCAGCUGCAUGGACGCCUCCAUCGCCAUCAAGCCGGUCUUUGAGCGCUUCCAGACGGUCAUCAUCACCUCAGGAACCCUUUCCCCGCUUGACAUGUACCCCCAAAUCCUGGACUUCCGGCCGGUCACCAUGGCCACCUUCACCAUGACCCUUGCGCGGACCUGUCUCUGCCCGAUGAUUGUGGGCCGCGGGAACGACCAAGUGGCCAUCAGCUCCAAGUUCGAAACCCGCGAGGACAUUGCGGUGAUCCGCAACUAUGGAAACCUCCUGCUGGAGAUGUCGGCCGUGGUCCCUGAUGGCAUCGUGGCCUUCUUCACCAGCUACCAGUACAUGGAGAACAUCGUGGCCUCCUGGUAUGAGCAG